CUCACGCUGUUUGUUGAUACUAUUAAUUGCUCAAAAACAGUUGAAUAAUUAAUAUAUAAUUCAAUAGGAGUAGAUAAACUCUUAGUACUCAUCCAAUUUAUAAUUAUCGAUUUUUUAUGCAUUUUACGAAAGAAAAAACUAGUUUCUUUAUCAUAAAAGAUCAGCUAUUCAACUUUACUAGUUUCCAAAAUCCGUACCUACCUACUUAUUUUCCACAUAAACAAAGGUAGAAGUGAAAGAUUUGAAGCUCAGUUAGUUCCUCAGUUCAAAAUUUGUAGCAUUCGUGACGUGUCAGCUCCUCUGCCCUAACAAAAGAGUCAAAAUGUUCUUGUGUUCAUCCUCCAGUCAUUCAGUACCUGAAAAUGUAGAGACAAGUAGCAAAGGAUAUCACAAUUCAAUCAAAACCGAAAAAAACCGUACAGAAGAAGAAUUAUUCAUUCAUUUGGCUUUGAAAUCAGGGGAUAAGGAUAGAAUCUUUGGUGCAAUUAAAUAUCUAGCUGACAAAACUGCUCACGAACCUAUCGUCAACAGGUUCACCAUUUGUGAAAUAAAUGUAAUAUUGAUGAAAAGAUAUAUAAGACCCAGCCCUGUAUAUAUGCCGUUUAGGAAUUCAGUAUCGAUUCUGGAUCGCUUCAUGAAGUUUGAAAUGAAAUGGGGACUAAGUUCGUUAUAUGGGUUUCUUCUUUAUGGAAUUGCCCUGGAAAGACCAGAGAUGAUUGAUCUGAUCAGUGUGAUUUUAGAUUUAAACCCUUGGGUUAUCCAACAAGUAGACUGGCGGAGACGGAAUAUCCUUCACCGAUUAGCCCAUAAGGAUUUCUCAUCAAGACCUUACCUACAAGUAGCAGAGCUGUUGAUUGAAAGAGGAAUCAAAAUGGAUGUGGGGAAUGCGAAUGGUGAAACGCCUAUGGAAAUUGCAAUUGUACAUGAAAAUUUAGAAAUGCUGCGUUUGCUUCUGAGAAAUGGAGGAACCAGGGUCUACAAUCAUUAUCUGAAUAUUGCACAUUUUGCACUCGUGAAUGAUAGGAGAUCAUGUCUCCAUGCCAUCAUCAAAUUUUAUUUAGUUAGAAAAUUUCAAGGAAAAGUAGUGGACGAUAAUAUUAUGAAUUUUAUCACAUCGGAGCAGCUUAGCGAACAUUACAACCUUUGUUUGAAGGAUUUAGAAUCCCUAAAGAAUAAUAUCAUUGUCAAUACAAAUGUAUCGCUGUACGAUAUUCUCUUUAAACCGAAAAAAUAUUUGGUGAAGUACUUAAGAAACAAGGACGUUUUAUCAGGGAUCUCGAAAAUAAUCAUGGAAAAGUCAGAGUUCAGUUAUGAUCUUGAAGAAAUUCAGGAUACGGUUUUAAUCAGAAGGGAUCUUGAAGAUUCAACUCUAAUUAUGUUUAAAAAACAUUUCAAGUUACCUGAGUUUUGUCUAGAAAAAAUUAUUUCUCAUCUUGACAACGACAGUUUGAGAAAUGUCACUGCACUCGAAACUUCGUCCAAACCAAGGAGAUAUUACAAAGAUUUUCAUUGAAGAAUUGUACAAAAUUAGUCACCUGAGUCUUGCCUAGAAAAAAUUAUUUCGUAUCUCAAUAACGACAAUUUGAAAAAUGUCUCUGCACUUCGAAAUUUUGUCCAAACAAAAGAAUGUGAACAGGCAUUACAAAAUUGUUCAUUGAAGAAUUGUACGAUCUGAAUAAUUUGAAUGAAUUUGAUAUAUUUCCGAGCACGUUUAUACAAAUUUUUUAGAUAUACGUUUUUUUCUUAAUAUCUGUUAUUUAAUUCAUAUAUUCCAGUAAUUUCAAAUUUGGCCCACCCUGUACAUGUGCAUGAACCUAAUAACAGUUUUGUGUAAUUUUCAUUGCAUUUUAUGUUUGAAUUAUAUAGUGAUUCAAAAAUUAUUUUCGAAAAUAAAUUGUGGUUUCUGCAAUGUUAUUUCUGUUGUCUUUAUUUUACACAUUAUUCAUCAACAUUACCACAAAACAAGAAAUGUUUUUUUUUUAAUAUCUUGGAAACCAAACAAUAUAACAAAAAGACCUUUCAAGCAUUGUUAUAUUUCUAUAAGCUAGUAUUGAA